CGUUCCGGAUUCAAUUUUGUGAGGUCUAGCUGAAUCGAACCUAUACGACCCGGCUCAGUGUCUUUGUAAAUUGUAAUUGUGCGUAACAAGUUCGGCGGCAAUCGUGUGUCGUGAUUGGGAAUAAUGUGGAAACCAAAAGGCUAAAUUUGUCAUUUCCAAUCGAUCUCAAUCUGAUCUUUUUAGGGGGGUCGAAGGUCGUUUCGUUUGUUUGUUUGUUUGUUUGUAUGAAUGGCGGGAAGAAUUCUCCGACAAAUUCCUACCUGAAAUCAACAACCUAAAUCACCCCCAAACAAAUCCUUUAUCCCCAAAAUGUCCUUCCUCGAUGAAUUGCAAAUCAAUUUGGAGUCAUUGCCUGGUAUUCUGCAAAAGAAGUAUGCGUUGUUGCGUGAUCUAGAUAGAAGCUUACAAGAAAUUCAAAGACAGAAUGAACAGCGUUGUGAACAAGAAAUUGAGGAGAUGAGGAGAGGAGUUAGGUCUGGAAAUAUUACACCUAAUUCAUCACUUACCAAAAUUUCGGAUGAAGCACUUGAUGAGCAAAAGCAUAGUAUCAGGAUUGCAGACGAAAAGGUUGCCUUGGCUGUUCAGGCAUAUGAUUUGGUAGAUACACACAUACAGCAACUUGAUCAAUAUUUGAAAAAAUUUGAUGAAGAGCUUCGACGUGAGAAAGAGAAUGCUGCUGCAAGUGGGGUGCCCUCUCCAAGUCUCGAUGGUGGUGGGAAAGCUGGAAGGAUGAGUGAAAGUGGCAGAGGAGGGCGUAAGAAAACACGCCAGGCAACAGCGGCAGCUGCAGCAGCAACAGAAGCAGCUACUACUGGUGCAAAUGCUACAGGUAUGGAUUUAGAGCUGCCAGUGGAUCCAAAUGAACCCACAUACUGUUUUUGUAACCAAGUUAGCUAUGGGGAGAUGGUUGCUUGCGAUAACAAUGAUUGCAAAAUAGAAUGGUUCCACUUUGGUUGUGUUGGUCUGAAGGAGCAGCCAAAAGGAAAAUGGUACUGUUCAGAUUGUGCUGUGCUGAAAAAUCGUCGGAAAGGCAGAUGAUGCUGGGAAGCUAUUCUUGGGCACUCUAUUAUUUGCAUUUGCACUGCCAUAUUAUGAAAUAGAGUUAUUUUUUUCUUUUUUUCACUGGAUCUGUGUAUAUUCAACUAUAUUUUCUUUAUUUUAUUUAUCUUUGCAAUAACAGCAUAUGCUUUUGGCCU